AGCGUACUGCGCAGGCGCGCCUCAAAGUCACACUUCCGGGUAAAGGUUGUUGAUGUUCUGUUUGUCUGUCAGGUGUAGUUAACAUUGGGAUUCACGUAUUCGUGCGGUAUUAGUUUUAUGUAUACACACAGUACGACUAUUGUAUUUAAUUACAAAACGGACCGUUAUAACUAAAUGUAAUUGGACUGUUGUUUAGGUCAGCUAAAAACUCUUGAACCGGUGGGACUGAAGUGAUGCAACAUGGCAGCAAUACCGCUCAAUAGGUGUUUUCUGUCGGCACUAAGGAGACACACUCGGUGUCAGAGCCGUGGACUUAACUAUUUGGCAGAGAGGACAGUCAGUCUGUCCUCUGUUGUGAUAUGUCGCCACAUGAGAGCAGAGGGGAGCACGAGUCUGGACAGGGUACCCUCGAUGGAGUGGGACAGAAACAGUGGUCGGGAAAACAGCAGCUCCCCUCUGCUCAAGUCGGUGUCGGUGUGUUUGGGACUCUGUGGAGCGGCGCUUCUGCACAGUCAAAAAGAUGAGGAGGGGAAGGACGGAAGAGCCUCGGUACCCGGGCGGUUUCUUGAACUCAUUCUGCCAUCAGCUCAGUGUGCUUCUCCAUUCAAACCUGACAGCCCCCGGUUUAAAUACAACUUUAUUGCCGAUGUAGUCGAAAAAUCCACCCCAGCUGUCGUCUACAUUGAAAUCGUGGGGAGACACCCAUUUUCUGGAAGAGAAGUCCCAGUUUCAAAUGGCUCUGGUUUCAUCAUUAGCAGUGAUGGUCUCAUUGUGACCAAUGCUCAUGUUGUGGCCAACAAGAGAGGCGUCCGAGUGAAGCUCACCAACGGAGAGAUGUACAGUGCAACUGUGCAAGAUGUUGAUCCAGUGGCAGACAUUGCCACCAUCAAAAUCUCUGCGAGGAAUCCGUUACCCACGCUCAGCCUUGGUCGGUCAUCUGAUGUUCGACAAGGAGAGUUUGUGGUGGCCAUGGGAAGCCCGUUCUCUUUACGGAAUACAAUAACGUCAGGAAUCGUCAGCUCAGUACACAGAGGCAGUAAAGAGCUGGGUCUAUCCAAUUCCAACAUGGAUUACAUCCAGACUGAUGCAGCCAUAGAUUUUGGAAAUUCUGGAGGUCCCCUGAUUAACUUGGAUGGUGAAGUCAUUGGUAUAAACACCAUGAAGGUCACUGCAGGGAUCUCUUUCGCUAUUCCAUCUGAUCGCGUGACACUUUUUCUUGAUCAAGCAGCAAAAAAGAAGAAUUCUUGGUUCGGUGAAUCAGAGACGAAGCGGCGGUACAUUGGGGUCAUGAUGCUGACACUGACGCCGAGCAUCAUUGGAGAGUUGAAGUUGAGAGACCCAUCCUUCCCAGACGUGACACAUGGCAUCUUGAUUCACAGAGUGAUCUUGGGCUCACCGGCAAACAGAGCUGGCAUGCUGCCAGGAGACAUUGUGGGGGAGAUUAACGGAGUGAAGGUGAACACUUCAGAGGAGAUCUACCAGGCCGUCCGCAGCAGCGACAAAAUCACUAUGGUUGUGCAGAGAGGAGACGAGUUGCUUCGACUGCAAAUGACUCCAGAGUGCACAGAGUGACCGCACAAUUUCAUUUCUCAACUUCAUGAUAAUCUGAGGGACUGACGUUCACAUGAUUAGUUCAUGAUGACUUUUGUUAAAUGUGAACCUGCAAGCCCCUAAGAAAAAGAAUAGAAAAACAGUCCGGUAUUGAAUACAAUAAACAAAAUGUGUUUUCUAGUUCCACAAAAUACUUCCCCUUAAUUGGCAAAGUAGCAAAACUAGUCAUGUACCAUGUAAUGAAUUGUGUUUCUCCAGCCCAAAAUACAAUGUUUCUAAAGUAAAUGUUAAUUUAACCAGAAACAAUGCACUUUAUUAAAGCCAUUUAAUGUUGGACGGCAACAAGAAGCAUGAGUGACCCAACAAUAUGGCAUGGAUCAAUGGUAUUCAACUGACUACCAUAAACAGAGCAAACAAAUUUAACAACUCAAAAGUGCUACCAGGAUGACGAUGAUCACACAAGUAAAAUAUAAAAUUCCACCAAUUUUAAAAGACUGUUUUGAGUGUCACGCACAGUAAAAACAAAAAACAUGAAUUCACUUCAUGUUGAAGAAAAAUGCCAAUUCUCCAUGAUGAGAAGCAAACAAAGUGAAGCAGUUACUCUCAAAUGUCAUAGUAAGCUGUGAAGCCACACCAAGUAAUUUCCCUGGUAUAUGUACAGUAACACACUUACAGUAAAGUAAUUAAGUGACAUGUACUGGACUGCUACACAAUUAAAUGCAUUUAUGUCAAAGACUAGCUAAAUGGAGAUAACAUUCAAACCACCUAAGGUCUAAACAAUAUGUUCAUACUUAACCUGGACUUAUGACAUCUUGUUAGGUACGAGUACUACAACAUACAA